AGUCUUGCGCGUUAGCUCACAAUUUAGGAGUAUUUAACUUUUCUUGAUUUAGUUUACGAUUAGUGUUCGUUUACUACAGUUGUGUGUCAAUGCAAAUGUAAACUCAUAAGUACUAAGAAAUCAAGUGCAAAAAUCAAAUACAAGUACUACAUAUGUAUGACGAAAUGGAUCAGUGGGUUUCAGAUUCAUUUUACUCAUACUUUCCUGGUUUCACCGAUGAGUAUCAGAAACGCCAAGAUUAUUUGCGCAAUCCGCAGCACGAGAACCAACAAAACCUUCUAAAGCACCAGAAGUUACAAAUAUCUUUAACGAAACCACCUGCUGAUGUUUCUACGCAGAGUCCGAAUAAUCAGAUCGACUCAUCUUUAAAUAAUACCUACUCUCGAUCCUCCAUCAACCUGUCUUCUCAAUCUGCAUCAAUACCCAACAUCAAAACUGAUUUGGAAAUUAUAGUUACAAAUCCUAAUUAUCAACCUUCAAAAUAUAUAAUUUCUCGGCCAAAUACAAAUCGUCAUAAAAAGCUCGAAAACUUGAGACAUACAGCUUUAUCAUCGACUGAAGACGUUAACACAAAUCGCUAUAAAAGGUCCGAGCUUGAAACAGAUCGGAGAAAACAAUAUCAAUGCGACCUGAUGCAACAAAUUGAGGAAAAAAGACAUUCGGUGAAUCUUUUGCGCGAAAAAGAGCGUUUGGAGGAGGAGGCCCUAACCAGGCGCCUAGAAGAGAAACUUAGAACAAUUGAUUUGGAGGAAAAAUUAGCAAAGAAGAAUAUACUCAACAAAAAGAUUCAAAAAUACACAGAAAAAAAUCGUCUGAUGAAGGCACAAUUCCUUGCCAAGAUGGAAAAUGAUACUAUUAUGUUUUGUGAAAAGAAAAAUUACCCAGAAGCUGAGAUAAAGGAGGAAAAUGGUGAUGUAAAAAAUGCAAAAUCUAGCGGUGAAACACAUAUCAAUAAAAAUAAAGUUUAUAAAUACUUUAGUAAUUCAGCUCGCCAUAAGCAUGAAAAAGAUUUAUGCUUAAAUUUGGAUCCUUCAGAUAGAUAUAUGGAGGAGAAAGAAUGCUUUCAUCUCAGUGAAAAAGUUUGCCCAAAGUGCGAUGCUCCACUAAAACUAUAUCAGAGCUAUUGUCUUAACUGCCAGCAGCUACUGCGGACAAAAUACAUGGUUAGCCGAGCUCCUAAAAAAGAGGAAAAAGAAAAUAUAUAUAGUGAUGAGAUGAAUGAAAGUAUGCACAGUUUUGAUGAAAAAUCCAAAGAAGACGGAUCCGUGGACUGCGCGCUUAGGGAGCAAUCACUGCCUGCUGCUAAUGGCAAGGAAAAAUAUGCAGAUAGCUCUGUGCUAGCAUGUCAUAAAUGUGCACGAAUGUAUACACUUUGCAACCUUUGUGUUACAAAAAACGCAGUUUGCAGAGCUUGCCAUCGUAAACUUAAUGUUUGUAUGAGCUGUAGACGUAAUUUGUGCAAUUUCUGCUUAAAUGAAAUCGCGACCGGUCACAAUACAGAACGAACUCAUAGGAACGAUACUCAACUUAGCAAAGAGAGUGAAGAAACUUAUUCAAAUCCUUCAGACCAACGUGAGCAUUCGUUUUAUGUACUUGAGGUUAUCCCCACAGCACUAGAAAACCAUCGCGCUGAUUGUAUCAAAUCGGCUUUUAACUCCAUGGAUCACGAGAAGUAUUCUGGUUGCCACCACGUAAAAACUGAUUUUCAUACUCUUGGUAAAAGUGAAAAGAGCUUUGAAAAUAUUGAUAAAUCCUUUUACUUUGGGAAUGAUGCAAAUGUAUCCAUCGACAACGUGCGCCGUACAGUAGAUAAAAAGAUAUAUCAAUACCUAAAAAACUACGACGAGAAGGAACGUAAUAAAAAUGAGUCACGUCAUCGCGGCACACAAACCAACAAUGAGAACAUGAAUCGUCGUGAUAUUAUGUUACAUGAGGAACAUAAUUUGUCAAUGCCAUUAUUACAAGAAAUGCCAAAAAUGACACGCCUGGAAUACAUAAACUAUGCUAAAUUAAGCACUAAACAACGAAAACGAAAACUUGACUGCCUUAAACAAAAAUGUCAGAUACCAGAUGUACAAAAGUGUAUCAUGACUCAGAAUUUACCACUUAUGGUAACCCAAGUUGGCGCUAUUCGAAAGCAGUUGCAGACUGAUCACCUUCCGAGUGAUACGCAAUAAAUGGCUUCCACUUGCCAAUCAAACCAAAUGACUUGAAAAUGAUAUGCAUCAGUUUUUUGGAUCUUAGCGGCAUCGAUGGUAAACCGAGCACAAAUAACUCCAAUGAGCAGAUAAAUCAAAGUUUGAGCGCAAAAAUACUCGUAUAAGGUUUAAAAUUACAGUAUAUGUGAUUAAUACUGGUAUACUUUAAGAACAUUUUUAUACAAUGUAUUUUUAUUAAUGUUACGUGCCACGAAAAAUCUCGUUACGAACCUAAAACCUGAAAAUUGGCUUACAAAUUGAGCCAGUAUCUUUUCUGCACUAAGUCGAAUUUGCUGUCUUUGCAUGUACAUUUUUUAUCUGUCCCUGGAGAAUGUACUACAGGAACUAAGCUAAUUUAAUUGAAAUAUUUUAAGGCUAUAAUCAGUGUGUGAUUUUAUUUCGUUGAUCCAGUGACAGUCUUUUAAGUAUGAAAGUAAUCAAAUGAGUUGUAAAAUUUCGCCACAAUUUAGAUCAGCUGUUUUGAAAUUGUCAGUUUUAGAUAUGUUAUAUAGAGAAAAUUUCACCCCGUAUUUAUCACAUAUCUCAUUCUCACGUCAUUAUCCUCAUACGUGUUUUUGGGUUUUCCAUUCCGGUAUCAUCCGCAGUCAGAUGUGAUUGGAAAAUUAGGCGGUUCCACUGUGUGUCUAAAAAGUUGCGUUUCAAAAU